AUCCUAAACAACCGAUUGAGAUUAAUGGUAGACAAAUUCAACAAAGAUUUAGUUGCUUCAAAAAAAUGAAUCACAGGCAUGAAUAGAGAACUUCUAAAAAGAAAAAUGGAUGCUGAUUUUACUUACAAUGAUCUAAGACCAUAGUGCUCAUGUCUGCCAUAAAUACAUGGUCCACUUGAGGUACACAAACAUGUCUCCCCCCCCUUAGACCUGUCCUUUUAAUGAUCGAUUCACUGUAUCACAGUCCCACUCUGGUUAACAGAUAACCUAGAACCAGCCUGUCAGAGAUUAGCAUCAUUUAUGUUAGAAGAUUCAUUCCGAUUUGCUGACGGACUAAAUCGUAUGAAUGUUGCUAGUAAGUCCAUCCUUGUUCUCUGUAAUACCAAUUCUUGAAACUACUAAUAUAACUUCACAUAAUUCUGAUACCCUACCUUUAUCAGUGUCAGAAUUCGAAAAACGUCUGCUUACGUGCAUAAAAGAUGUUGAGUCCCAGUUCAGUAACACCAUAUACCAUCAGUUCUAUGAUGCAGUAGUAGGAAUUACACUGGUUCCAAUUAUGGAAGAUAUUUUCAUAGGGUUUUUUUUAAACAAAGCGUUUAAACAAGCUAUUAAACAAUCAAAUGAAUACUCCAAAUGUGUUAGUGACGCGUUUAUUAUUAUUAGCAUGCAAUUCACCAAUUAGAACUCUUCAACGAUCUACAGCACCUCUCCUACAGUUAGAUUUAUUUACCUUUAAUUUUAUCAAGAUCUUCAAUUAACUUAUUUAACAAACAGUGUUAUUCAUACAGUGGCAAUUUGAUAUCUUGGUAU